AUGAAAAUGUCUACGCAAAAUACUAUCGUUGAACGAGCAUCAGCAGAGUUGACAAAGCGUAUUAACGGUCUACGGAAACAUUCAAGCAACUCCUCAACAAGCUCGGUCAACAAUAAUAAUUCAAAUACAAUUGUUGGUAAAACAAGUGUCAUGGAACGUGUCACAAAUGUCCUUUGUGGUGGCGGCUCAUCAAGUAAUAACAGCAAUAAUAUACAUAGCACUAAUUUAAAUUCCCAAAACUCAGCUACAAAUAUGUCAAUUAGCACUCCCGAAAAGCCGUAUCGUUACCAAACCAAGCAUCAGCACAAUAGUAUUUUUAAUCAUCAUAAUAAUAAAAUGAUUGGCGGAACGGCAAGUCAGGGCUCAAAUUCAAAUCAAUCGACGCCACAAUCAUUGAGAAAAUAUCAGAAGCAGCAAGGGACAAAUAAGAGAUUUACAUCAGUAACAACGUCGCCUAUACUAACGAUCGAACAAUUAUUUCUCGAUGAGAAAUUCCUCCAGCAAUUUCUCUUCUUUUUCUCAUCCUACGAGCGUCGUGAUUUAGCCCAAGUGUGUACAACAUGGAGGGACAUUCUUUAUCGCAAUCCUGCAUAUUUUUCUGGCCUUGUACCCGUUCUUCAAUGUCGUGAAAUGAGAGCAACGGGAAAUCAGGAUAAAGUGAAGCUUUAUAACUCCAUCAUUCGACGAGGCUUUCAUUCUAUUGCACUUAACGGUGCAACUGAUGAGGAUGCCCUCGAUAUUGUACACACAUUUCCAUUAGCAUCAAAACACAUUCAUUCACUUAGUCUUCGUGGUUCAUCAAUUAGUGAUAGAGGGCUUGAAGCUCUCCUUGAUUUUUUGCAAUCUCUCUUUGAACUUGAACUUGCUGGCUGUAAUGAAGUUACUGAAGCUGGUUUAUGGGCUUGCUUAACGAGUCGAAUUGUGAGUUUAUCGUUGGCGGAUUGUAUUAAUGUUGCAGAUGAGGCUGUCGGAGCUGUCGCACAACUUUUACCUUCUCUCUAUGAGUUCUCGCUUCAGGCUUACCAUGUCACCGAUAGCGCUUUAUCAUACUUUUCACCUAAACAAAGUCACUCGCUGAGUAUUUUACGUCUAAAUUCAUGCUGGGAGCUAACGAAUCAUGGAAUUGUGAAUAUUGUGCAUUCACUACCGCAUUUAACAGUAUUAUCGUUGUCGGGAUGUAGCAAAAUCACAGAUGACGGAGUUGAAUUGAUUGCGGAGAAUCUACAAAAAUUAAGAGCACUUGAUUUGAGUUGGUGUCCAAGAAUAACGGAUGCAGCUCUGGAGUAUAUCGCAUGUGACUUGAAUAUGCUAGAGGAGUUGACAUUAGAUAGAUGCGUGCAUAUAACCGACAUAGGCGUUGGAUAUAUAUCGACUAUGAUCUCUCUCAAUGCACUCUUCCUACGAUGGUGCUCACAAAUACGUGAUUUUGGAUUACAGCAUCUCUGUUCGAUGAGAAAUUUGCAGGUAUUAUCGCUCGCUGGAUGUCCACUGCUUACAUCGAGUGGAUUGUCGAGCAUCAUUCAAUUACGACACUUACAAGAACUUGAGCUUACAAAUUGUCCGGGUGCUUCGCAAGAGCUGUUUGCAUAUCUACGGGAGCAUUUGCCAAGAUGUAUGAUUAUUGAGUAA